CGCUGACCGCUACCCCUGUGUCCCUCCGGCCAGGUCCGCACUGCCCAGCCRGGGCUACCGGCCGAGCGCCAGGCCUCCAGCCAGAUGACCGCUCGGGCCUACCGCAGCCAGGACAAUUCGGGCAACUUCCUGCACCUGGGAGUGACCGCUACCGAGGUGCAGCCGGGGGACAACGUAGCGGUCAGUUUCCACCUCCGGACCAACAACAACAACGUCCGAGACUCCGUCCCCUACUUCACCUACCUGAUCAUGAGCAAGGGCCGCAUCCUCCGGGCCGGCCGUCAGCGGCGCGAGCGUGGCCAGAGCGUGGUCAUCAUGACCCUGCCGGUCAGCGCCGAGCUGAUCCCGUCCUUCCGCGUGGUGGCCUUCUACCAUGUCCAGCCGGCCGAAAUCGUGGCCGACGCCAUCUGGGUGGACGUCAAGGACACCUGCAUGGGCUCCGUGA